UCAUUCCGGGGCGCAACGGAAGCGGAGCGCAACUGCGGACUCCGCCGCCUCCAGCCUGGCCCCGCGGCGGGCAGCGCCUCCACGCGGGCCGGCGGGGUACAAAGCAGUGCCGGUGCGCCACAUCCCCGGUGAGGCGGAGAUCGUACCGUAAACACAACCGCCGUGCGCCCUUGGGUCAUGCCCGAGCAGGCGAACGGUGGCGUUUCCCGGGCAGCACUGCAACUGCGAGCCCUGCCUGAGCGCUCGAAAGCCGCCCCGCGGCAGCACGUUGUCCACCGGCGGGAUCGGAUCGGGGGGCUGUCCUGGGCGGGGGUCGCGCUGGCAGCGCAGAGGCAAGGCGUGAGGGUGGGGACAAAACCAGGAGGAACCUCCGCGGAGCCCCCGAACACGCUGCUCCCGGGAGCGAGGACGCGGCCUUCCGCCAGUGUCCCGCCGCUGCCCGCUGCCUAUUGUACUAGGGGUGCGCGGGGGACUUUGGGCUGCCUUACAGCGCGGCCGGGAGGCUCGGCAGCCCGCUGGGUGUCACCGGGUGUGGCCUGGCCUCUCCGCUCCCCUCCGCACCUGCGGGGCGGUGCGGGCUCGGGCGCGGCUCGGCUCUGCGAGCGGCCCCUCCUCCAGGAAGCCGGAUCUGCCGCAUCCUCGUCGGCGGGGCCGGCGGCGCAGUCCUGGUCGCGCUGGGCAGCGCCGCCGCAACCUCCGCAGCAGGAUGCGGCUGCCGGCUGAGCCCCACGCCGUGCCCCGCCGUUGCCCUUUGCUCCUUCUGCUUCUCACGAAUUUUGUGCUGUGCUUCGGGAAGGAGACGUUACGGACCACAGCUGUCGCUCCCCAGACAGAACAAAACGUGGACUAUGUGGACUUCAUUCAUUUAAACAUUUUAGAGAAGAAAGUGCUUAACAAUUCUGAGGUUUCAGUUCGGUAUUUGUGUUCUAAGCCUUGUAUCAUUACCUUGGAAGCAGUGGCUUCCUCUGAGUUCAGGACUGGUGUACCAGUGUAUAGAAGGAGAUGGGAGGAUGAGAAGAACCUUCACGUUAGCAGAACUCGACAAGUACAUUUGAAAUUUCCAAGCAUCAUGGUUUACAGAGAUGAUUAUAUCAUCAGAAACUCAGUAAUAGUGCACAGUGUGAUACUAUAUGCGUGGAUUAGUCACAAAUCAGUUGGCAGCUUUGGUGUUGAGCAGAAGGAAGACUACCAAGAUGCAGUGGCCAAGAACUACACUUUCUUAGAAGCGGUUCCGCCUUUUGAACGCCCCUAUAAGGACCACAAAGUUUGUCUCCAGUGGGGUGCUGACUAUUUGUGGAUGCUUCAGGCCAACAGGAUACCUCAGUGCCCUCAUGAGAGUGAUGACGUCCAGAUUCUCGACUUCAUAUAUGCUUCCAGUGGGGACAAAACAGGAAUAGUGAAGAAAUUUGAACAGUUUGAAAACAGAGAACUUGAGACAGUCCGACAACAUCAAAUUGAUUAUCCCAUGUUCACUGUUUCGAUCUGGCUGUAUUUACUCCAUCACUGUGAAAAGGAUCUGUGUGGUAUACUCUAUUUUAUUGAUCCAAAGGAAAUGUAUAGUACUCCUGCUGUGUUUCUAAAUGAGGAAGGUUAUGUGCAUAUUCAGAUGCACCUCAUGAGAGGAGAUGACCUGGCAGUGAAAACUAGCUUCAGCCUCCCUCUGAGGCAGUGGUUUCGACUGGACCUCUCUUUCAAGGGUGGACAGAUAGAAGCAAGCACUGCUGGGAAGAAUCUGCAAGUACAUCAUCAUCAAUCUUUUACUUUUAGGGAAGAUUUUUACUAUGAUGACACUGCUGGAUACUUUGUGCUUGGGGGCAGUGGCUAUGUGAGUGGUAUCGAAGCGUUCUUUGGACCUGUGAAGUACUAUCGUCUGAAUGUGCUGGAAACAGAACAGAUCUUUAACCCUCUUCGUGACAAAGAAACUGUGGAACAGAUUGAGCUCUACUACAGGAGAUGUAUGGACGUUCAAGAACUGGUUCAUGAGUACAGACACAUUGUGAGGCAAGGGGAAAAAGUGCAAAGAAAUUGUUACUAUGAAAACUAUUACCUGGAGCUGAUUCAUAAAUAUGGAGAAAAAUCCAAAUGUGAAGCCUUCGUGUGGGGAAAAGAGGUCAGGGAGAGAUACCACAGUUUGUUCAGACUGUUACAGGAGAUGGAUUUCAGUGCUCCAGAGGUAUUGGAAGAUGAAGGUAGUCCAGUUCUAGAAGUUGGCCAGAGGAUAUUUGAGAAGGCUGCAAAGGGUCUGUCCAGUGCUGAUGGCCUCAGCAGUGUGGACUCCUAUGUCCCUCUCCUGAUGGAUUCCAGUUGCUGUGGAUACCACAAGGCUUCCUAUUUCCUUGCAGUUAUCUUUGAAACAGGGCUUGGUGUGGCUGUGGAUCCUACAAAAGGACGGCUGUACAGUUUGGUUGGUGCUCAGGGAAAUGAGAGACUUGCUGUGAUGAGCCUUGGCUAUAAACAUUACCAAGGCAUUAACAACUACCCUCUUGAUUUGGAGCUGUCCUAUGCUUAUUACAGUAACAUUGCACUAAAGACCUCAUUGGAUCAACACACCAUAAAAGGGGAGCAGGCAUUUGUUGAAACCAUAAGGCUGAUGGAUGAUGAACUGCUAAAAGCCCAAACAAAAGAAAACGGCGAUGUCUUUAUGUGGUUAAAGCAGGAAGCAACAAGGGGAAAUGCAGCUGCACAGCAACGAUUGGCUCAGAUGCUCUUUUGGGGCCAGCAAGGAGUGGCAAAAAACCCUGAAGCUGCAAUAGAAUGGUAUGCAAAAGGAGCAAUAGAAACAGAAGAUCCAGUGUUAAUAUACGAUUAUGCCAUUGUGUUGUUCAAGGGCCAAGGUGUGAAAAAGAAUACAAAACUUGCUUUGGAAUUGAUGAAGAAAGCAGCAGCUAAGGGCUUGCCCCAGGCAGUGAAUGGAUUGGGAUGGUACUACCACAAUUUUAAGAGAGACUACAGAAAAGCAGCUGAGCACUGGUUAAUUGCUGAAGAGAUGGGAAAUCCAGAUGCUUCAUACAACCUUGGUGUCCUUUACUUGGAUGGGAUCUACCCUGGAGUACCUGGUAGAAAUCAAACAGUUGCUGCACGAUAUUUCUACAAAGCUGCCCAAGGAGGACAUAUAGAAGGGACUCUGCGGUGCUCUCAGUACUACAUCACAGGGAACAUGGAAGACUUCCCCAGGGAUCCAGAAAAAGCUGUAAUCUGGGCAAAACACAUUGCAGAGAAAAAUGGCUACUUAGGUCAUGUCAUCAGAAAAGCUCUCAAUGCUUAUCUGGAGCUGUCCUGGCACGAAGCUCUGCUGCAUUACGUUUUAGCUGCUGAAACUGGCAUUGAAGUGUCACAAUCCAAUUUAGCACACAUCUGCGAGGAGAGACCGGACCUAGCAAGGCAAUACCUAGCAACUGAUUGUGUCUGGAGAUACUACAAUUUCUCUGUUUCUCAAGUCAAUGCACCAUCAUUUGCUUAUCUGAAGAUGGGUGACUUCUAUUACUAUGGCUACCAGAACCAGUCCAAAGACCUGGAGCUCUCCAUGCGGAUGUACGCGCAAGCUGCCUUAGAAGGAGAUUCGCAGGGUUUCUUUAAUUUGGCACUUGUCAUAGAAGAGGGCAACUCUAUACCUUCCUACAUUCUGAAUCACCUGGAUAUUGAUCAGGCAUUGCAUUCUAGUAACACAUCACUUCUUCAGGAGCUUUAUUACAGGUGCUGGAAUAACAGUAACCAGGAAUCAAUUAGUCCAUGCUCAUUAGCAUUGCUUUAUUUUUACCUGCGAGUUUUCUGGAACAAUGUGUUACAAUCUACUCUGAUCUACUUCAUGGGAACCUUUGUUUUGUCGAUUCUGGUUGCAUUUACAGUGCAGCAUUUUCAGUCUUUAUCUGCCCAGAACACUCCUGGAACAAGAUCAGAAGCACUGUCAGAUGAACCUUCUUCCUCAGGGAAUAGCAGUGAUGAUGCUACCAGACUAAUGCAGCAAGAUGAAUCUACUUCCUCAAAUGGUUUAGAACAGCAGGAGUCAGACCCUCAGAAUCCUCUUGUUACAAGCUGAAGUGUAGUUUCCUAAAGGCUGAUGUCCUCUUGGGAAGGUGGGAUAGGAACAACUACCAAGCUAAGAACUGGCAGCCAACCCUAUGGUGGCAUAAAUUAUGAAGUCCAACAGCCAAAAUUGCAGGGAAAUUCACUGAUCUGAUUUCUCCACUACAAGGAAAAAACAGCCCUAUCAUUUAUUUAAUACUCCAAACAGGUAAUAGUGAGGGAACCUGCAUUCCCCCCACCCAAUCAGAAUGGAUUUCAUUGAAGAACUUGAGGAAAACAGGCAGAGCCUUUGCCAAAUUGAAGAAUGAGCAAAUCUCUCCCCAGUUUUGAUGGAGAAGUUUUCCCUCACCUAUCUAAUAUUAAAUUCUCUUUACUGCAUUUGAGCUUAUUUUACUGGUAAAGUUGCUAGAAUUUUUUUUUUCCAAGUUGGAAGCAUGGAAAUUCCAUAAAAGUGAAACCCAGCCACCAAUACUUCCCCAGUUCCAUGGCACACCAGUACAGGCAGUGGUAACAAAUAGGUUCUUUUGCCAUCUUAUACUGCAUCCUUACUCUUUGGUCCAAGAAGUGCUUUGUUUUGGAAGGAAAACACCAGGCACAGUUGCAGCAGCACUUCUGCUGGGCAAGCUUGGUCAAAGUUUCACAAGUGUCAGCAGGCCCCUGCUGGAUGCCAAGGAAAUGUUUCCUGCCCUGAUGAGAGAAAUAAAGAAACAAAUGGAUAAAUGAAAUAGCAUUUGAACGUGGACAGGUGACAGCAAGUGUCUGAACGAGUUAGUUGUGGAUUGCAGUACCAGGGGCAAGGAUUUAUCUCAUGUUCUCUGGACGACACUUGUUUAAGUGACAGUCCAAGUGCCAGAUGGGCUAUAUGGAAACCAACUACAGAGUGCAGAUGCCUUCUGCCUGGGAGGUGGCUGUAGGAAGAGUCUGGCCUCUAGAGCAGGUGUGCACGCACCUCUGCAGAACGACGUAGCUCACAGACUAUAAAUUGCAUCAAUCUAUGCAUUACUGAGGGUUAAAUCCACUCUCCUUGCACUACAUUAUUUGCUCUUGUAAAUAAAAAUAUUUUUCUAAUUCA